UCAGUUUUGUUGUUAACUAUAACAGCAGAAUUGAGCAUCCUUUCUGCUUAGAGUUUUCUGUUUUCCCUUGUAACUGACCCAGGAAUCCCUGCUCCUGUGUUUGGAGCCAUGCAGACCUCUGCAAUACCCCACGGCUCAAAGAAGAUUUUGGGAGAAGGACUCUGAUUCUGUUUGGUUUCAAAAAUUCCAGGCAUAUCUGUGGCUUCAAAUAAGCAGGAACAUGGUUGGCCAUGGGCUGGAGACCACCUUGUACAGCAGGUGCAGAGAUCGUUAGUUUCUCACAAACUGAAGCGCUUGACCUCACUACCGAGAAUGCCAAACCAGACUGUUAGUGCGGCCAUGGUGGGUCGUGUGAUGUGGCUUGAGACUCUAAAUGCAUGGAAAUUUCCAGGAGGUCUGUCUAAUCCGGGCGAAGACAUUGGAGAGACAGCAGUUCGAGAGGUUUUCGAGGAGACUGGCAUUAAGUCAGAGUUCAAGUCCAUCCUAAGCAUAAGACAGCAACACAAACACCCCGGAGCCUUUGGCAAGUCGGACAUGUACGUCAUCUGUCGCCUGAAGCCCUCCUCCUUCAACAUCAGCUUCUGCCAGCAGGAGUGCCUGAGGUGUGAGUGGAUGGACCUCGAUGAGCUCACUAGGACGAAACACGCUACUCCCAUCACCAGCAACGUAGCUAAACUCUUACUUUACGGAUACCGGGAAGGGUUUGAUAAGAUCGAUAUAACCAUGAGAGAGUUUCCCGCUGUCUACACAGGCCUGUUCUACAAACUAUACCACAGGGAGCUGCCCGAGUCCUAUAGAAACAUUACAUGAUCGCAAUACAUUUCACAUUUCAUUAUAUUAAUAAUUUAGAAUUAGUAUUGUAGUGUUAUUUAGACCAUAUUAAGAUUAUCCAUGGACUUCUUUUUAGGUAAUUAUUAGAAAGUAAUUAUUUACUCUAUUCUCUAAUAAGCUAUAGAGAUAUAAAUUAUUUCUAAAGGUAAAUAUUGCCAUAAGUAUGCAUCAGAUUUGUUUUCCUUUAGUCUGUAAAGCAAACCUAAGGUAAAUAAAAUAGCUCUACAUAGAUACCUAGCAGAAAACAGAUAUAUUAUUAAUCCUGAAAAUUGAUUUUCCAAGUACUUUUACCCUCCACACACACUGGCACAAUAGGUUUAAAGAGCAAUAUAAGGACAGCAUGUAACAUUCAUGUUUUAAUCUGCAAAGGUAGUUAGUAUCAGCAAAUAAUUGCUUAGAUUUUUGCUACUUCGGAGAGGAGGAGGGAACUCGACGUCUUUAGUGUCGCGUGGCAUAC